CGCAAAGAUUUUAAAUACAGAAUACAACAAAAUAUAUAUUAUUGCAUUUACAAUGAAAGAAUCACGUGUGUCAAUUAGUGUGUUUUGUAACACCACUAAUUGAAAUCGCUGAUCAAUUUGGACGGAGCAUUUUUUUUUUUUUUGGUCCGAUUGUACCAGUAAUUUUAAGUGUGCACGGAUCGGGAAGCAUCGGGAUUCAAUAAGGUUUAUCUUGUUUACAAAGAUAACUUGGUACACAGCAGAGGAAACGACAGCCUAAUGAGUUGGUCCAACAGACAUCAACGCUAUGGAUUUGACUAAAAUGGGAAUGAUCCAACUGCAGAACCCCAACCACCCCACAGCGCUUCUGCUGAAGGCCAACCAGAUGCGCCUGGCAGGGACGCUGUGUGAUGUGGUCAUCAUGGUGGACAACCAGGAAUUCCACGGCCACCGAACAGUGUUGGCUUGCACUAGUAAGAUGUUCGAGAUCCUGUUUCACCGAAGCAGCCAUCAUUACACUUUGGACUUUCUCUCACCAAAGACGUUCCAGCAGAUUUUGGAGUAUGCCUACACUGCGACACUCCAAGCUAAAGUGGAAGACUUGGAUGACCUGCUGUACGCAGCAGAGAUCUUAGAGAUAGAAUACUUAGAAGAACAAUGCCUGAAGAUCCUGGAAACCAUCCAGGCUUCGGACGAGAAUGAUACUGAAGUCAACAUGAACGAAGGUGGCGCUGAGGAUGACGAAGACCGCAAGGCCAAGUACAUCAAGAACAUGUCAAAGAAGCAUUCCAUGGAGGAAGGUGGUUAUGCCAAUGCAGCCCAACAGGGUCUGGCCACAGGUACAAUGGUAGAUCAAAGUCCUUCUGUUUCAACAUCAUUUGGACUUUCCACCAUGAGCCCCACAAAGGCUGCAGUGGAUAGCCUGAUGAGCAUCGGGCAGUCUCUUCUGCAAAGCUCUUUUCAACAAGCUCAAGUGAAGACAGAGAUAAUGCAAGUGGAUGAAGUGUCGGGCCAGGAGAGCCCAGCGACGUCCGAAUCCACUUCUUCCAGCGGGGACAAGAGUGGCGAUUCGGAUAAAAACAAGGACGGCCCUGGAACACCUACCCGCAGCAGCGUGAUCACAAGUGCCCGUGAACUGCAUUACGUUCGUGACGAGAGCGUGAGCGAUCAGCAGGGCGAGAUGGGCCAAGUGGGGCUGGAAAGCCUGGCUUCUCUGCACGAGAAGCACCUCGCUUCUUUGUACUCUCUGCCGCCCAACCAUAAAACUGAAACGCUGCUGUCGGUGCCAGCUUCCAUGGCGUCUGCCCUCCACAUGCAGCCAGCACUCGCCAUGUCUGUGGACUUCACUGCUUACGGGGGGCUUUUGCCCCAGAGCUUCAUUCAGAGGGAGUUCUUUAACAAGCUGGGGGAGCUUGCGGCAGGGAUGAAGCCAGAUCACAGGAGCCAGCAUGAGCGCUGCAAUGUAUGCGGGGCGGAGCUGCCAGAUAAUGACGCCGUGGAACAACACAGGAAGCUACACAGUGGAAUGAAGACCUAUGGGUGUGAGCUUUGUGGAAAGAGAUUCCUGGACAGUUUGCGGCUCAGGAUGCACCUGCUGUCUCAUUCAGCUGGUGCGAAACCCUUCGCCUGUGAUCAGUGUGGAGCACAGUUCUCACAGGAAGAUGCUUUGGAGGCCCAUAGACAAACACAUACAGGGUCCGAUAUGGCCAUCUUCUGCCUGCUGUGUGGCAAGCGCUUCCAGACACAACCGGCCUUGCAGCAGCACAUGGAGGUCCACGCGGGGGUGAGGAGCUACAUCUGCAGUGAGUGCGACCGAACCUUCCCCAGCCACACCGCCCUGAAGCGCCACCUCCGCUCCCAUACAGGCGACCACCCGUUCGAGUGUGAGUUCUGCGGGAGCUGCUUCCGGGACGAGAGCACCCUGAAGGGGCACAAGCGCAUUCACACCGGAGAGAAACCCUACGAGUGCAACGGCUGUGGCAAGAAAUUCAGCCUCAAACACCAGCUGGAGACCCACUACCGUGUGCACACAGGAGAGAAACCAUUUGAGUGCAAACUGUGCCACCAGCGUUCCCGCGACUACUCCGCUAUGAUCAAGCACCUGCGCACCCACAACGGAGCCUCCCCUUACCAGUGCACCAUCUGCCUGGAGUACUGUCCCAGCCUCUCCGCCAUGCAGAAGCACAUGAAGGGACACAAGCCGGAGGAUGUGCCCCCAGACUGGAGGAUAGAGAAGACCUACCUGUAUCUGUGCUACGUCUGAGCGAAACAAGAAGGAGAAGAUGGGGAACAGAAUAGUACAAGUGAAAGGGCUGGGCAGAGGAUAAAAAGGAAGGAGGGAAAAGGAGGGCUCGGUUUGUAAGACUGGGGGAAUUGUGACCUGUUUUUCAGGUGUGCACUUUCUGCAGAACUGACCACUGCUUAAAAAAAAAAAAAAAAAAAUACUGAAUUACACACAGAUACACACAAACAACAUAGGAUUUCUGUAAGUACUUGUGGAAUAACAACAACUAUUUCAUGCUUUCAAGUCUCUUUCUUAACUUCACAGAACCCGGGAGAGGGUUAUGAUAAGCUUGCCAGUUUUUAAGGUUUGAAAAUCAAAACAAGGUUGUGCCAAUAGCCCACAGCCAAUAGAUCAAAACAGAGCAGGAUCCCAGUAUUGAGCCAGUGCCCAGAUUGUAGGGAGGAAAGAUGGGUCUGUACUGGCUGUGGCAGUCCUUGUUUUGAGGUGUGUUUUGACUCCUUGUUGUUGUUGCUGACCAGUAAUAAGUGAAAGGGUAGCUCAGCCCCACACAGUGUUAAAUAAAUAACCCCUCCCCUGCUGGCAGAUUGUCUUUGUUAUUCAUCGUGGCUUAUGUUAUGACACGCUGUGGAUGCUUUGAAUAAGGCUCCCCCUGCUGGACAUGCCCCAGAUGGAUACCGAGAGCACUUAAAUCCCCAAUGCUUGCAGCCUUUACCAUGUGUCAUGAUUCGUAUAACGGCUGUCCCCAGAAUAGUGGUGGGAAUUCGUAUACCAUUUUAAAACAAGUUACGCAAUAUGAAAUGACCCCCCCCCCCCC